AAAAAGUUUUUUUUUUAUGGAAAGAAACUAUCUGAAAUACUUAUUUUACAUUCAGAAAGUUUCUACUACUUCAUAACUUCAAUAAAAAUACACAAAACAAGUUUAUUUAUUUAUUUAAUCUAAUACUUAUCAGUGUUAUUGUGUUUCAAAUAUCUGGAAUUGUGACCGGUUGCAUAUAUUGAAGUGUUCUUUCUGAGCUGCGACAAUGGCAGAACACCAAUUAUACGAAGAAACGAUGCUGGACAUUGCUCCAAUGUUGGAUGAAUAUCCAAUGGAUAUGUAUGAAGGCUCAGCAAAUACUAAUGAAACUUUAGAAGUAUUGGAGAAUGACCUGCUAUCAUCUGCUGCUCAACCUAUAGAAGAUGUUUUGUUAACACACGAGAAUAUGAGUCCGCAGUAUGGUGACUUUAUCGAUCCAGAUAUGUUCUUGAAUGGAGUCAUCAAAAGAGAAAGUGAGUCUGAUUGUUCCUCGUCGUCUCAAAGGAACACACCGUCUCCGUCGGAUAGCAACAAUAGCUUUGAAUCGUAUCCUUCUAGUGGAUAUGGGUCCUGCAGAAAUGUUCAUCUGAACAAUAUUUUACUUAAUAGUCCACCUGUUUCUCCAGAAAAUUCUAUCAAACCUCCACACAUUAUUGCCGGACUCAGUAACAAUGUAAUUCGAGUUGGAACAGCUCAGUUACCAAUCGUUCAAAAACCGUCUGGUCAUAGUAAUCUGGCUGACUUGAAAAAGAUCAAACUUCUACCUAAAAGCGGAUUAUCCAAUACUGCUUCUUCAUCGGGUUCUGUUUCUAGGAACGCCACGAAGAAAACCAUCGUGUUGACAAAUGAAGAUUAUAAGGCAUUAGUUAAAAAUAUGAAAAAUCGAACAAACAAUGGAACAAUUUUAAUUAAGGCUACACCAGCUUCUGCAUUUAAAACUAUCGUUAAAAGUAAACCGGUAUUACCAAAACCACCACAGCUACAACACGACUUGACAACUGUCCAAGAAAGACAAUCAGAAACUUUUCAAUCGGCACCGAGGAUUUCGAUGUUGCCACCUGUGGAAAAAUCAGUUGAUGAGCGAACGAUGAAACGACAUCAAAGAAUGAUAAAAAACCGGGAAUCCGCAUUCCUAUCCAGAGUACGUAAAAAGGAAUAUGUUACUACAUUGGAACAGCAGAUUGAUGUGUUGACAAAGGAGAAUCUAUUCCUGAAGGACGAAAAUAUUAAACUUAUGUCUAAGCUGAAACAUAAAUGUUCCUGCGGAAUGAAGCCGGAAAACGUUAAUUACUUUACCAAACAGAUAACACCUACUGUUCGGAAAAAUACGGCAAUAGUUCUAGCGAUGUUGUUUAUGGUGUCGCUCAAUUUUGGUCCUCUGGGGAAUCUUCUCAGCAGCAAUAGUGAAAGCCAAGCUAUAGUGGAAAGGACCGGUCCUCAUAAAAGGAAUUUGUUAUGGCUUGAUUCCAGUCGUUUCAAUGCACCUCGUAAUAUUGACAUUAAUUUGAACUUGACUAAGCUUGAAGAAAUGUCCAACGUCGUAGAUGAACCAUUUUCAAUUUGUCCAUUUUAUGUGAACCAAACCGAAAACAUAAGACUGGCUAGUGAUCUACGUCGUUGGAUCGGUGAAAAUGGGUACAAAAAUCUUACCGAUCGCGAUGGUGAUGACAUGAGGAUCAAUUCAUUUUCGGAAAUGUUUGCUUUGAAAGAUACUAUCGAUUCCAUGUACCAACAAAUGAAGGACAUCAGUUCUCAGAUGGAAUCAUUUCAGAAAAGAAGCAAAUUAACAUCUACCAAGAAGCAACGAGGUGUUAAAAUUAAAGAAUCAAAAUUGUUGCAACAACAGAAAUCAGUCAGGGAAAGUGAACUGGCGUUGUAUUACCCGAGGUUGAGUAAGACGUAUGCUAAAUUUUUCGAGGAGAUUGGUCGCCGCGAUGACACGUUUUACCUGGUAUCCUUUAGUGCAGAACACCUUCUGCUACCAGCAUUAGCCUACAACAAAACAAAUCGACCUAAAAUGUCCCUAAUGUUGCCAGCAAUGAUGGAAAAUUUGACAAACCAGUCGGAAAAGGUAACAUUGAUGCAAAUCGAUUGUGAAGUGAUGAACACUUCUAUUAUACAAAUUCGGGAAAAGACCAUUCCGGGACAUUUGCUGCGUGCACAGGGAAGACCGGAAGAUCCAUUUCAUAAAGAGAGCGGUAAACGGGUCCAAUUUUCUGGCAAUAAUGAACGCAAUAUUAGCAGUGGUGGAGCCGACAAGGCAACUAGAAGGUAUCAAAAGCAUCAAGCCAAUCGACCUUUUUUCGUGCAGCGCAUGAGUGAUAGUAUGAAAAAUGUACUGGAUCUAAACUAAACUUCUUGAAACCAACUUACAUUUAAAUGUUUACUGAGCUUUUUUGUUGUUAUCUUUAGUUUAGAUUGUUUAUUUAAGUACAAUUUAUUUGCUGUAAUCUUUCUUCUAAUUUCAAGUUAAUGAUUGAACAAAAUUUAUUAAAAUUUCACUUGAGAAGUGUCACUUUAUACAAACUUAGGAAUUAACUGCUUAAACAGUUAAACUAGACGUACAUGCUGCAGGGCAACUUUGGACGCCAAAUACGUCGAACGCAAAUGGCUGUUAUUUUAGACAUAAGUUUUGGUAGGCAUUAGACGUCAGUUUCGGAAAAAAAGAAUCACACAAUAACCAUUUUUUCGUACAAAUAUU